AAAAGAGGAGUAGGGGAUAAGGAAAUUACCCACAAGAGCGACCGAACCCACUGACACAGCACAGCACCAAGCUCCUCGCUCCUCCACGGCCAUGGCCACCGCCGUCGCCGCCUUCCGCUCUUUCCUUCACCCCACCGCCACUGCCGCCGCCAUCCCACUCCCUCCUUCUCACUUCAACCUCAACAACUUCCAGCGGCACUGCGUCGGGCUCCGCCUAUUCUCCUCCUCCCACCGUCGCCACCCCAUUCUCCUGCCCGCCUCCGCCUCCGCUGCUUCCGGCGAAGAGUUCUCUUCUAACGGAGAACAUUACUCUGAGGAGGGUCCAGAGGAGUACGUGGAGGAAGAAGGGGAGGAGGCAGAACCCGAGGUCCAGGCAGUCCGCGGUUACUAUCCCCCGAGAAACCGGCCGGCACUUGGACAAGAGCCCGGGCGAAUCUACGUCGGCAACCUGCCCUACACCUUCACCGCCGCUGAGCUCACUGCAGCAUUCUCCGAGGCCGGCAGCGUCGACGAUGUCCAGAUAAUCUAUGACAAAAUCACCGACCGGAGUCGUGGCUUCGCCUUUGUCACCAUGGCCACCGCCGAGGAGGCUGCCAAGGCCGUCCAGAUGUUCAACGGAGCUCUGCUGGGAGGGAGGACAGUCAGGGUGAAUUUCCCGGAAGUGCCGCGAGGAGGAGAGAGGGCAGUCGCAUCGGCAGCGGUUGCAAGGACUAGCUUGCGUGUUGUUGACGAUGGGACAUACAAGGUUUACGCCGGCAACCUGGGGUGGGGUGUGCGGGCUGAUGCACUCAAGACGGCAUUCGAGAGGCAGCCUGGCUUGGUUGGUGCCAGGGUAAUCUUCGAGCGUGACACGGGUCGUUCCAGGGGGUUUGGCUUCGUCUCCUUUCAGACAAUAGAAGAUGCAAAGGCUGUCUUGCAGGCCAUGGACGGAGUGGAACUGGAUGGGAGGCCACUCCGACUUAGUCUGGCGGCACAGAACCCUCCAGCUGGAUCAACUCCUAGCACAGUGCAGUCCCAGCAAGAACAAACUGCCUCAGGUGGUUCUGAGCCAGAGGUCGACAAAAACAGUACUACUACUUCAGGACAAUUUGAAGGUGAGAUGGAAAAGAGCAACUUACAGACAACUGCCAGCUAUUAGUAACUACUACUCCCUCCGUUCCUAAAUAUUUGUCUUUCUAAACAUUUCAAAUGACUACUACAUACGGAUGUAUGUAGACAUAUUUUAGAGUGUAGAUUCACUCAUUUUGCUCCGUAUGUAGUCACUGGUUGAAAUGCCUAGAAAGACUAGUAUUUAGGAACGGAGGGAGUAAUAGACAGGUAGAGAUGAUUGAGUUGUAAGCUUGGUGCACCGGUUCAAAAAUUCUGCCGUUCCAAUUCAAGAUGUACUGGUCUGAGCAAAAGUUUUGACGCAGAAGUGGGAUUUCAGCCACGGACACUAGAUUAUUAGACUCUUGUGAUAUACAUAUGUUGCAGAAAUAUCUGGAUCCAAAAGUGCUUCAUGGAAACAUGUUCAAUUCAGUAGAGAUGUUUUGUAUAUUGUAUAAUAUAGAGUACUGGAUUGACUAAGUGGUUGUGCUGCCCUUUCAUGAAAUAAAUUGGAAUGAUACCCAGGUUGUUCGCUA